CCACCCUCCGAGUCGUUCCCCGGGUUUGUUUGGUUUUGUCGAGGAGCAAACUGCGAACUUUCGUUUCCGCGCGUUUCUCAACGAACGGUUGUAUCGCCCGCCGCGAUCACGGGCGAUGCCUACCGGGUGCGGUGUUUCGUUGUGCCCGAACCGGAGUCCCCUGUUCGUCCGAACUCCAAAUCUCCUGUACCAUCGACUACCGCGCGAGGAACCCCUCAGGGGUGCGUGGUGCCAGAGAAUCGGAAGGGAGGAUCCAGGAACGUCUGAUCUUCGAGUGUGUUCCCAGCAUUUCGAUGGCGAACGGGACUACCACUGCAUCGCUAGCAUCCUUCGUGAUGCUGGGCAGACUACUAAGAAACGACACUUGAAGCCCGGUGUCGUUCCUUCUCUUCGCCUGCCCCCCUCCGCGAAGCCUCCCCUCCUCGCAGCGAAAGGCCCAACGCUGAAACGCCGAAGAACUAUGGGUGACAAGCCGAGUGAAGAGACGAACUGCGUCGAGAGCGAGGCAGCUUGCGAGCCUCGCGAGUACUGCUGCCACUGCGGUCCCCGAAUGGCCACCCGCGACGCGGCGGUUCAGGCCGUUCCAGAGCAGAAAGAGGCGCCUGCACAGACUCCGAGGCCGCCUACCGUGAAAGGCGCUUCUGUGGGAACGGACCCUUGGCUGGGGAAGCAGUCUGGCGGCACGCAGGACAACUUCUAUGCAAGAGCGCUGACAAGCCACUCUGUACAGACUGAGGACUUGCAGCUAGCUGGUGGCAGCAGCGACACCGUAAGAAGCUCCUCAAGCACCAACUCUCCUGUGCCACUACAAAGGCCAGUUCUGGCACCUGCUGACCCAGCGUCCAUGGGGCCAGCAUUGAGCCCAGCACCAAGCGAGUCGGACGACGAGGACGAGGACGAGGACGACAACGAGGACGAGGAUGACAACGAGGACGAGGAUCCCACAUUCGAGCCGUUUGUCAGAGAGAGCGUUGUCGAGAAAAACACCACCACGGGUGCGGAGCCAGGGUAUAUGGAGCGAAAGUUCGUGGUGUUCGAGAGCUACCUCCUGCAACUCUUUGAAGUAUGCAAGUCUUGCUACAGCCCCUGCAAGGCAUCCAUCAAGUCGAAUGGUACACUGAUCUCUGUGUAUACCUCCUGCCCUGCUGGUCACACGAACCGCUGGGACAGCCAGCCCUACAUCAACGGCAGGGGGGCUGGAAACUUGCUCCUAACAUCCAUGGUCCUCUUUACGGGUGCCUCUCCCACCAAGACGCUGCGCCUGUUCCGGAUGAUGAACAUCCAAGUUUUCUCCGUGAAGACUUACUUCAACUAUCAGCGGGCAAUUUUAGUUCCGGCUGUUGAAGAGGUGUGGAGAGAUGAGCAGAAGCUGCUGCUGGACGAGCUCAGCGACCAGCCGCUUGACCUCGCUGGAGAUGGGAGAUGCGAUUCUCCAGGCUUCAGCGCCAAGUACCUCACAUACUCCCUGCAUGUGCCACGUGUAAACAAAAUCCUGCACUUUGAGCAGGUGCAGGUUGGAGAGUGUGAGGCGGUCCGCUGCAGUGGGCAUAUGGAGAAGGAAGGCCUCCUGCGCUCCCUGGCCUUCACAAGGGACGAAGGGCUCACGGUGCGGUCCCUAACCACCGACAGGCACCGCUCCAUUGCGAAGCACCUGAGGGAGAAGGAGCCGGACAUACUCCACUUCUUCGAUGUCUGGCAUGUCUCUAAAAGUGUCAAGAAGAGCCUAAAUGCUGCAGGCAAGGGCCAAGAGUGUGGCUUAAUUGCUGACUGGGCUCAGCCAGCCAUCAACCAUAUGUACUGGUGCGCUGCAGCAAGCCAGGGCGACGGGGACCUCCUUGUGGAUGCCUGGUCAAGCAUCACCAGGCACGUGGUGAAUGUUCAUGUGGACCACCCUGGGGUCUACACCAAGUGUCUCCACGAGCCGAUCGAGGAUGGCGAAUGGUUGACUCCAGAUACACCUGCGCAUGUCAGAUUUGUCGACGUAGUCACAAGCAAGUCCUUGCUGAAGGACCUGCGCCAGCUGUCCCCGGACAGCCAGACGUAUGCUUUGGAGUCCUUCCACUCGGUCCUCAAUGGCUUCGCACCCAAGUGGGCCGCAUUUCACCCGAAAGGCAUGCUUGCCAGGACCCGUGUAGCAGCGCUGCACUACAACGAGAAUGGCAGCAGGGAGCAGGCCAUUACCCAAGCAGGCGAGAUGAAGUGGAAGCUCAAGUCGCCCAAGGCCAGAAAAGGGCACCACACUGCUCAUCCAGAGAAGACCCAAGCCACAUAUGGCUAUGUCGCAAAACUCCUUGCUCAAGCUGUGACGGUUUGUGAGGAGAUGGGGUCCCUGAGGGAAGCCUUCGAGCUGGAUGCGGAGCGACCAGAUCCGCCCUGCCUGAGCCACAGCCUCGACAGGCCACCGAAGGAGGACUUGGUGGCAGCCCGGAUCACCCGUUUUGGGAGAAGACCUCCGGGUACACUCCUCCCUCCUCAAACGUAA